AGGAAGAGAUCAAAUCGGAAAAAGAAAUCUAUAAUGGCGAGGCCAAGAGGGAGCGGGGGAAGGUGGGAGGCGGCUGCCCAAAGCGAGCCGCGCUGCGUCUCCUCCCACCACCACCACCACGCCUUCUUCUAAUCCCACCCCCGCCUCUCCCCGACCGGACCAGACCACACCACACCACACCGCGUCCACAUCCUCCCGCGCUUCUCCGCUCAGCCCGCGCGUUUCCGCUGAGGAGGGAUAGCCGCGCGGCGCGUCGAGGGGUUUGUCUUUGAUCGGGUAGCUGAGGCUGAGCGGGCGGGGCAGGAUGAUGCGCGACACGGCGGCCGUGGCCGUGGCGGCGCCGCGGUACAGGGGCGUGCGGAAGCGGCCGUGGGGCCGGUUCGCGGCGGAGAUCCGCGACCCGGCGAAGCGCGCGCGCGUCUGGCUCGGCACCUUCGACUCCGCCGAGGCCGCGGCGCGCGCCUACGACGUCGCCGCGCGGACCCUGCGCGGCCCGCUCGCCAGGACCAACUUCCCCUGCGCCUCCUCCCGCCUCCCGCUGCCCUCCCGCCACCAAGGCGGCUGUGGCGGCGGCCUCGUCGCGCCGCCGCCCGCCGCGCCGACGUGCAGCUCCAGCUCCACCGUCGAGUCCUCCAGCGGACCCCGAGGGGCGCCCAGGGCUGCGGCGGCGGCGGCGCCUCGAAUUCGGAGGCGUUCGGUGAAAAAGCCGCGGCCGGCAGCGCCCGACACCGACUGCCACAGCGACUGCGCCUCGUCGGCCUCCGUCGUGGACGACGGCGACGACGCCUCCACGGUCCGGUCGCGCGCGCCGUUCGACCUCAACGUCCCGGCGCCGGUGGACGGUGACCACGCCCUCGACCUCUGCACGGAGCUGCGGCUCUGAGCAAUAUGAUCCUCGAACAACAACAACAGCAAAACAUCGAAGGCGAUUUUGCCCCGGUCUUCUUUCCUGACUAAAUUCUGAUAUGAUUGACUCGUGCUCGAGAGUUCUCGUUUUCUUUAACGCCUCUUGUAUUUGGAUCUGCUACCAUCUUCUCUGCCCAUUCUAUUUGUACACCAGAUAACAUGUAAGAUGUUCACGAAUUAACACAUAUCUUUUCUUAAAAAAUGAAUUAACACGGAUGUUGCUAUAAUUCUUGGAGUA